AUGUAUCGGCAAAUCAGAGUACACGACGAGGAUUGUGUCUAUCAACAUAUCUUGUGGCGUAGGUCACCGGAAGAAGAAGUGCAGGAGUACCAAUUGUUAACUGUCACCUAUGGCGUUAAUUCGGCUCCGUAUCUCGCGCUGCAAUGUCUAAGUCAGCUUGAUCUAGAAGACGGUGCAGAUUUUCCCCAGGCAAAGGGCCUGUUAACUUUUAAUACUUAUGUUGAUGAUAUAGUUGCUGGUGCCAAUAGCGUAGAGGACCUGUUAGCCGUACAAAGGGACCUCGUUAAUUUAUUACAGCGAGGCGAAUUUGAGCUGAAAAAGUGGGCCAGCAACUGCGGUGCCGUGCUGAGGUGCAUACCAAUCGAGGAUCAGGCCAUAGAACCAACUUUUACACCAACUGAGGACACGGCUUUGAAAGUGUUAGGAGUACAUUGGGAUCCUACGACCAAUACCUUUGGAUAUCACGGAAACACCAACGAAGGGUCGAUUACCAAAAGGACAGUGUUGUCUACAAUCGCACGGCUGUAUGACCCAAUCGGCGUGCUAGGUCCGGUCUUACUGUGGGCUAAAGGGUUGAUGCAAGAUCUAUGGAUCGAGAAACUUGGAUGGGACUCCCCAUUACCCACAUCAUUACGGUUGAAGUGGCUGCAGUUCCUAGACGAGUUACCGUUGUUGUCACGUGUUUGUUUACCUCGUCAUAUCGAUAUCCGUCGAACCAAUGAAGUGCAGAUAGUGGGUUUUGCCGACGCCUCACAACGCGGAUAUGCAGCACUGGUAUUUUUAUGGAUAGCUGACAACUUGCAUGUUUAUUUUCUCACAUGUAAAACUAAGAUAGCACCAUAA